AGUGUGCAGGGCGCACUGUUAUGGGUCCUUCGUGUAGUUCCUGGUCCACGUCGGUCUGGAUCAGAAUGAGAAACUGGAUAAAAACAGUCACCGUUAAGCUCUCAAGACAGCCGUAGACACAAUUUCUCCUGAAAUUCACCAGAAAAUGCCCCUGCAAGAUUUAUUUACUUUCUGAGAGAUCGGAGCCCCUUCAGAGGAUCUUAGGAUGUCUUGGCUUGUUGAUCUUGCCGGGAAGGCAGAGGACUUCCUGAAUAAAGUGGACCAGGGUGCAGCCAGCGCUUUGACAAAAAAUGCUCAGCAGUCCUCUCUGUCCUACAACAGCCCUGACACCAAAGACUCCAUCCAGUACAACUCUGCAGCUUACAGCUCCACCCAUGAACAACAGCACAGGGACUCCAUCUCUGCCUCAUCUCUUGGAAAUUCAGCUUUCAUCUCUGCAGCUGCUGGAAACAUAAAGAAACCCAAAGCCACGGUUUUGGCUGGUACAGCCAAUGUCUCCAGCGCUAUGCCUUUGGGUUCUAGCAGCAAAGUAUCGUCCAACUUUGUGCGACCCAAAAAGCCAGAAGUGAACGACGAUUUGCUCUUUGACUUCUUGAACAGUUCGGACCCACCGCAGAGCGAAAGAAAGGAGGUCAGGAGAGAAACAGCGUCUAAAGCUUUGGGUCCUACGGGAGGGUCAACUCAGACCCAGAUGCCCCCUGUCUCUGUGGCCAGCGAUCUCCAGAUGGGCCCUUCUGUCACUGCAACGCCUUCCUCCACGCAGGGCCUGUCCAGAAAUUCCAGCCUCAGCUCUCUCUCAAACAGCUCACACAGUGUUAAAAGUUUUAAAACAGAGGAUGGCUCCACUCGAGAUCAAAGCCAAGCUGUUGUUUUAGAGAGUUUGAACCCAGGGCUGGAUGUUCCCGCAGAGGCCCAGCCAACACCGGAGAUCUCUCAUCAGGACCGCCAUCAAGAGCUUCAGCAGCAGCAAGGCCAGGAGCAGGUGAUCUCCAGUCUUCGUCUCGAGAACCAACUUUUGCGCAAUGAAGUCUCUUCUCUCAACCAGGAGAUGGCCUCUCUAAUCCAGAGAGCCAAAGACAUGCAGGAGGAGGUGAACCUUGCCAGAGCUCGUGCUGACAAGUGGAACUCGGACCAGUCUCGCGUUGAUCGCACGGUUCGAGAGCUGAGCGCGCAGGUUGAUGACCUCACAGAAGCCCUGUCGGCAAAAGAUGGUCAGCUGGCGGUCCUGAAAGUGCGACUGGAUGAGGCAGAUCAGCUACUGAAGGCCCGAAGUUCAGCGCUUGAGGAAGCUCAGAGCGAGAGGGUCAGGAUUCUUCAGGAUCAGAGUGAGGGCAGCAGUCUUCAGUCUCAGGCUUUACAGACACUACAGGAAAGAGCAAGAGAUGCAGACGCAGCAGUGAAGAGAGAGCAGGAGAGCUACAGACAGAUGCAGAGUGAGUUUGCAGCACGACUGGCGAAGGUGGAGGCCGAGCGUCAGACGUUGGCAGAGUCGUUAACAAACGCAGAGCGUCGGGUGACUGAAGAGAAACAGAGAGCUGAGGAACUACAGCAACAGGUCAAAAGUGCCAGAUCUGCAGCAGAGUACACCAAACAGGAACUACAGGACUACAAAAACAAAGCAUCACGCAUAUUACAGUCUAAGGAGAAGCUGAUCAGCAGUCUAAAGGAGGGCUCAGGUCUGGAGGUGCUGGAGGGGGCCGGGGCCGGAGUUGAACUCGAAGAGCUACGUCAUGAGAGAGAGCUGCAAAGAGAAGAGAUUCAAAAACUACAGGCCCAAGUACAGAGCUUGCGGACAGAGAUACAGGAUCUGGAAACCCAGGCGCUCACUGAGGCAGAGAGCUGGAGAGAACAGCUGGCUGAAGUACAGGAACAACAUGCCCAGCAGAUCAGAGCCAAACAGGACAUAGAGGCAGAACUGGAGAGAUCCAAACAGGAACUGCAGUACAUUGAGGAAGAGCAUCAUCGCACUAAAAUCACCCUUCAGGGUCGCGUCAAAGACCGUGAAGAUGAGAUCCAGAAGCUUAGAAACCAGCUGACCAAUAAGGCUCUGAGCAACAGCAGUCAGGCGGAGCUGGAGGGCCGUUUGCACCAGCUGACAGAGACACUGAUUCAGAAGCAGACCAUGUUAGAGGCCCUGGGCACAGAGAAAAACUCGCUGGUCUUUCAGCUGGAGAGACUUGAACAACAACUGAAGAGCCUGCAGGGUGGUCAGAACAGCAGCUCAAACAUCAACAUGGCUGCCAUGGAGGGACCAGGUGCUAGGCAGAGGAACACACCAAUCCUGUUUAGUGAUGCAGACGGACCAGGUACAGGAGUGUACGGGAAGGUCCGUAAAGCGGCCAGCUCCAUCGACCGCUUCAGUAUACGUUUAGGAAUCUUUCUCAGACGUUACCCCAUGGCCAGGGUCUUUGUUAUUAUUUAUAUGGCACUACUACACCUUUGGGUAAUGAUUGUCCUUUUGACAUACACACCAGAGAUGCACCCCAGUCAUCCAGAUGGGAGAUAAAGGACUUUAUAUCUAUAAAAAAACAAAAAUAAUCUAUUUGUGAUUAGUGAAAGUUAAUAAAGGUUAAACUUAGGGAGAUUUCGGGCUGCUGUACAGUGGCUCAAUAUGCAUUCAUAUACAAUUUGCACAGACAUGCUGUUGGCCGUUUCUCUCUCUCUCUCUCUCUCUUUCUCUGUUACACUUGCAUUUUCCCUCAUUUAUUUUCGGUCUUGGCCCAUUUUCAGUAAGUAUGGUGUGAGUGUUAAGAGCAGUAUAAAGUGAAAUAUUUAAGGUGUAAUUUAAAGGUGUGGUUUUAUUCGAUUAAGAAUCUCUUUUCUUUUAAUCAUCUGUUUCACGCAAAUGUAAUCAUGAUUAUUUUUGUUACAGGAAAUAACAGAUUGUAUUCCUCAUACUGUAAAGCAGAUUUAUCUUAAUAAAUAUUAACACAGACAUAA